AUGAAUAUACCGUCAACCGAAAAUGGAUGUAAUCACUACAUAAUGACUGCGAUAAAUCGUAUUCGUCAUAUUGGAAAUGAAGACUUCAUGAUCGCGGAGCUUGGACACUUGGAGUCAUAUCUGUCUUCCUGUCUUGAUCUGCAAAACUUAUCUGUGCGAACAACGCAAACCGUUUCAUGUUUGAUGACCAAUCUUAUUCGUCACGACAAACUACAAUCAUCAUGUAUGCGAGUGGUUUACCUGCUGCUACAAAGCGCCUGUCAUCCAAUUUUGAAGAAUAUUUUGCUAGGAGAACUCGAAUCUGAAAUUCACAACCGAUUUCCCGCCUUUCCUCCAUCCCUUCAGCAAAUUGUUUGGUUUUGCUAUCAGGCGCAUCUCUUAUCAACCAGUAAUUCUGGGCCGAUUUUGAAAUUUCUGCUCUUUCAAACACAAAACCAAGAGUGGGACAAAUAUGAGUUGGGUAUGACGGCCAAGCGUGUGAAGACUGUUUUUACAAACUACCCGGAAGCAAUUCUGAGCUCUCAGGAUCUACUUAUUUCUUUGAUGUUUUUGUUGGAGCAAGUCAUGCAAAAUAAUUCGUCCGAAAUGUUCAGAUUUUGCGUGGAUUGCAUCAAUUCUAUUUUAGGUUACGUGGAUUCACAAGCACUUAGCCGUUUGGUGAAACAACUUCCAGACCGGUUAACAAAUGUUUUGUUCAGUCUUUUGGAAGCCACUCCUCACAAUAUGCUUGAUGAAACCCCUUCAAAAGUUCAAGCAGUAAUGUCUCAUCACGGCAUUAGCCCCUUGAAUGAAAACUCGGUGGACCGAAAAUUUCAUUUGGUUAAUACGAAUAAGAUCCCAAAGAGCAGGGAGAUGGAAAUGAUACCGCGCCAGAUACGCCUGCAACUGUCUCAUAAACUGGACAGUUCUUCCCGCGAAAAUGCUGCGGAAUGUCUGAAGGAUCAUUAUUGGAAUUACUUGUGUAAAAUGCCAUCCCAAUUUCACUCUGCUUCAAAUAAGAAUUUGUCAUCGGUUUUGUCCUGGUUCGUUGAACUUGUAAAGGAUGAUAACUGCCGUGUUGUUUACAAAGUGUUACAAGCACUCGAGCUUCAAGAUACAGCAAUCGACUUUGCUGCUGCGCUAUCUCGACUGCUCGAUGUUCAGCAAAAACACAACUUUACCAACGAUGAACUAUCGAAGUUUGACGGUGAUGCAAUAUUCAACGUAAUCAGCGAAUCCCUACACAAUCAAAUGCCCUGCUCAAUUGUUGAUCCUAUUUUGAGAAAACUGGAAAAGCGCUCGAUGAAAUAUCUUGACAAAGUGAGAAACAGUCUAAUGAAUGUUCCGAAAACAAAACACUUCAGAGGUUUGCCUCACGCACGGUACAAAACGCUCGCGUCACCAUCGGAACUCGGAAACGGUGAACUUCCCGCGCUUCAUCAGACCAAGGGAUUUUUUGGUUGCGAUUACGCAAACAGAAAAAAACGAACUAAUUUUGAUAACCAUUCGAAAAACGGAGCAAGCGCUGCGCAACCUCCUCAGCUUGGUAACGAUAUCGAACUUUCUGACAAAAGCAUGUGCAGCCUGCAACCUUUAAGUGAAAGUUCAGUGCAAACAAUGGAAAUGGGGGAGGAUUCUGAGAACGGGACAAAAGAGGUGAUCCAUGAAUGUUAUCUAAAUCGGUCCCAUGCUACCUGCCGGACACGUGCAAAGAACACCUGGUCCCAAAAAUCAAGUGGUGAUGAAAUCUCCCAUUGCUUGAACUUACUUCGGGCACCUGAUUGGGAUAAACAGCUGGAGGGCUUGAGACGUGUGCAAACCUCACUACAGCUUGAGCACAGGGGUGAAUUUGACAGGCUCUUUAAGAAUGAGGAAGAACUACGAGCAUUUACUUCGGCACUUUUGAGUGCUUCCAGGAACCUACGUUCUCAGGUUAGUCGCGCAGCAGUCAACACGAUACAAGCCUUUGGAAACCUACUCAUUUCGAACGGUCAGGGUUUCCUCUGGGAUUCUCAGGCAGACAGAAUCUUGCAUGCAAUCCUUGCGCGUAUUACCGGUGAUACAAGUACCAGGUUCCUGUUAAACGAUGCAUAUAAAGCCCUAGAGGUGGUUGUAAAAUGUCUGACGCCAGCACGCGCUAUCGUGGCACUUUCUAAACAGGUUUACGAACAAAAGGUCAAAAGUGCCAACAGUCGACUAGCGGUGGCCACACAAUUGGAUCGGUUGGUCGUAAAAGCCAAAAAUACGUCAUCGCUGCCAAGACAACUAGGGUCCGAUGGACUGCAACGGUUACUGAAAGUGUCAGCUCAGUUUCUGGUGGAUGGAAUUUUAAACACAAGGUUCAAGUGUGUUUUCAAAAAUCGAUAUAAAAAUGCUUAUCUUCAAACCCCACUGGACGAAGCUUCCAGUAACCUUACCGUGAUCAAUACAUCCUUUGGGUUAUUCCGAUACAAUUUCCUUCCCAUUGGUCUGAACGUUUCACCAGCUGUAUUUCAGCAAGUUAUGAAUACUAUUGCAAAAGAUUCGGAGGGCGUUGAGACGUACCAAGAUGACGUCAUUGUGCACGCUUCUGACAAAGCUAUGCAUGAUGUGCGUCUGUUGUCUUUACUGAAGCAAUUUUCUGAGUCAAUGUAG